UCGAGCGGCGAGCAAUAGCGUUUCUUUUCCAACCACUGCUCCUCCUACAUUAUACUUUACAUUACCGCGAUGGUGAAAGCACCUGGUGUAUUUAUACUAAUUGCAGCAUGCUUAGUGGCACUCGCUGAAUCGGCUACGGUAACAGGAUCGAUCGGUAUUAACGCUAUUCUACCGGACAUUAAAAAAUUACGACCCACUACACGAGUUGCACUCAAUGGCGGUGCUUACUCGGCACUUGUAACGGCUAACGGCCAGUUUGAAAUUCCUGAUGUAGAUACUGGAUCCUAUGUACUGGAAGUACAAGCAAUCGACUACGUGUUUCCCAAGCUGCGUUUGGAUGUUGUUAAGGAUCAAGGUAUUACUCGGGCAGCAUAUACUGGAUACGGCACCAGCUUCGAAUCGCGAGGAUACUCAGUCGAGCAACCUUUGGAGUUAAGAGCAAAGGCACCUGCCACCUACUUUGUUGAACGAAAAGGUUUCAAUGUACUUGCGAUGUUCAAGAACCCAAUGUUCUUGAUGAUUGGAUUCAGCGCUUUGAUGAUGUUUGUGUUGCCAAAGAUAAUGGCAAAUAUGGAUCCGGAAGCAUUAAAGGAAAUGAGCCAGUCUCAGGCUGAUGCCCAAAAGAUGGUGUCCGAUAUGCCAAGUCUGUCAGACAUGUUCAGCAAUGCACGAAACCAGCAGUUGCAAUCACAACAACAGCGACGACGAUAGAACAGAUAACUUGCAUGUACAUUUUAUUACAUAAUACUAGAUAAAGAUGCUCUACUUUGAUCACCAUUAUUACCAUCACAACAACGAAACCUUGUUCCCCACAUUUUACAUAC